GACUUUGUAACUUUUCAACUCGCUGGCACUUCCUUUUCAAACACAACUAACCCACCACCACCGGCACCAAUACCAUUAAUACUCCUUUCUCCUAUUAAAAUCGUAUCCCUUUCCUCUUGCGAUCAUCCCAACAAACCCAAAACCGGAAAUUCCAACUCCAAACACAAUCAGACACAGACAUCGCAAACAUGGAAGUGAAGCUCGAUACGGUUCCGUCCCUGGUCUCCAAGCUCAGCUCUGUCUCCUCCCAAACCCGAGCCGACGCCCUCAAAGAGCUUCGCCUCAUCACCAAGCUCGAACCGGACAGCCGUCCCUUCGUUGCCGAAUCUGGCGCCAUCCCUUACUUGUCCGAAACCCUCUUCGACUCCUCCCCUUACCUCCAAGACGACGCCGCCGCCACCCUCCUAAACCUCUCCAUCUCCUGCCGCGACUCCCUCAUCUCCACACAAGGCCUCCUCGAUUCUCUCUCCCACUCUCUCCGCCAACACGGCUCCCCUUCCUCCUCCCCCUCCGCUGUCCAGUCUUCCGCCGCCACCCUUCACAGCCUCCUCGUCGUUGACGACUACCGCCCCAUCAUCGGCUCCAAGCGCGACAUCGUCUACUCCCUCAUCGACAUCGUCAAGUGCCCUAACUCGCCGCCGCGGUCUGUGAAGGACUCGCUGAAGGCGCUGUUCGGGAUCGCUCUCUACGCGCCCAACCGCAUCGCCUUGGUGGAGCUCGGGGCGGUUCCCGCGCUUUUUACAUUGGUAGUGAAGGACGGGCGGGUGGGGAUCGUGGAGGACGCCACGGCGGUGAUCUCGCAGGUGGCGGGGUGCGAGGAGAGCGAGGAGGCGUUUCAGAGGGUUUCCGGGAUAAGGGUUUUGGCGGAUUUGCUGGAUCUCUCGACCGGAUCGAGCUUGAGGAGCAAGGAGAACGCGGUGGGGGCGCUGCUCAAUUUGGCCACGUGCGGCGGAGAUUGGGGGCUGAGGGAGGUGAGGGAGGAGGGGAUGGGAGUGGUGGAUGGGGUUGCUGACGUAGCGGAGAAUGGCGGCAUAAAAGCGAAGAGCAAGGCAGUUGCGCUGCUGAAGGUGAUUGAUGGCGGGAGCGGAUGCAUUGCUAGCGUUUUUAGAGAUCCACGGUUUGAUUCUUUACUAAACCAAACUUUGUAAAAUUUGGUUUUUUCAAAGAUUUUUUUUUUAUUUUUUUUAUUUUUAAAUUUUUAUGAUGAGUGAUGUAGAUAUUGUAGACUCUUACGAGUUCAAUGAUAAUUGUUAGGAAUGAUUGAUUUACAUCUUGAGAUAGUGAUGUUGAAUUCAUUUAUAGAUUUUGUAUGAAUAUUAUUAGAUGCCAAUAGUUUAAAUCUAA